AUCUUGUUACAACAAUCACUCCAUAUAUAGUAAACCAGGCCCUUUUAUUAUUCAUUCCAUCUCACCCCUUCAAUGCUAAGAAAACAACCAUGGGAUUCCAGACGUUUCACGAACGAUGGCACCAGCAGCUGGAGCAGCUGGUCCUCAAGCUCAAAGCCGCCCCGAGACCACCGAGCUCCACGGACCAAAACAACCACCUCCUCGAGCUAAUCAACAGCUUCCUGGCUCACAUCAGUGACUACUACCAGGUUAAAUCAGCCGUGGCCCAUCAGGAUGUCCUGUUCCUCCUGGCUGCGCCCUGGGCCAGCACUUUCGAGCGCUCGCUCCACUGGCUCGCUGGCUGGCGCCCCACCACGGCCUUCCAAGUCGUGCAAACGGAGUCCACCAUUUUAUUCGAGAACCGAAUGCUCGAUAUCCUCGACGGCAGGAGCCUGACUGGAGAUCUCGCGGAUUUGAGUCCUGAUCAGUUUAAAUGCUUGAGUCAUCUCCAGUGCGUGACUGCCCAAGAAGAGAACGCGCUUAGUCAACAGCUCUCCGACUGGCAGGAUGCUGCGAGUGACGCUAUGCUGCUGAGGUACGAGGACGACAUGGGGGAAAUGAUGCGUGAUCUGGGAGCGAUAGUGCAGAAGGCGGAUGAGCUCCGAGUGAGCACGUUGAGGAAGGUGGUGGAGCUUCUUACACCGCACCAGACGGUGGAUUUCUUGCUCUCUGCCGCUAAUUUACACUCCCUUGUUCGUGCCCGGGGCCUGAACAACGACCGUCGUAACGACUUAAUAAAUUAACGAGAACCAGAACCAGCAUUUCGAAACAGUCGGGUUUAAAAAAUAUCUAGAAUUUCAGGAAGCAGUAUCUAUCUAUAUAUUAUAUGUUUGUACUUCUGUUUGGAACAAUAAGCUCCAUAUAGAUGGAAGAUGGUCAAUCAUGAAAGAUCGAACUCCAUGAAUUAUAUAGCAACUAGCUAAUGUAGUGUGUAUCAGUCUAUCUUCAUCGUACACUUUCUGUGUAAUGUGAUAUCUAUGUUGAGAAUGAGAAAGCUAGUUAAUCC